AUGAUGGAUACAAGUGACAAAAGUAUAGAAUAUGAUAAAACUUUUGUUAAGCGUCCAAAGGAAAAAAAGAACCAUUUGGCUAGUCGAGUUAAUAAAUUUCAAGAAAUAGUCAAUCAAAGUGGUGCACCACCAUCGGCUAAUCAAGCGGAUUUAGCUCACCGAGGACAUGAAGUUCAAGAGUAUAUUUUAGAAGAAAUGAAACAAUUAUGUCAGGUAAUUCAAACUAAUGGGCAACGACAAGAAGAUGGAACAACAAUGAUUUCAUUUGGCCAUUUAUUUGAAAUAUUUUCAAACAUCUCAGAUAAAUUAGUUGGCAUUCUAUUGAAAGCCCGUAAACAUGGUUACCUAAAAUUUGAAGGUGAAAUUUUAUUGCAAAAUAGAGAUGAAAAUGUUAUUAUUCAACUUAUUCGUUUACCUUAA